AUGACCCAGCGCCCGAAACGGAGACGUCUGAAUGCCUCCAAUCAAUCAGACAAUUCCCCCGAAUCAGAACAUGACCCCUAUCGGCCAGCAACACCUCAGGAAAAAGCACAGUGGAAUGGCUUCUGUGAGCUAGAAUCCGAACCCGCCCUAUUCAAUGUCAUGCUGCGCGAGUUUGGGGUGAAAGGCGUCAAAGUCCAAGAAGUGGUGUCACUAGAUGACGAGAUGAUGGCUCUUCUCAACAAACCUGUCUACGGCCUAAUAUUUCUAUUCCGAUGGCGGGAGGAUGAUCCCGAGAAGCAAGAGGCGAGUUGUCCAGAAGGCAUAUGGUUUGCAAAUCAGGUCUGUCUACACGCUAUCAAUCUAGACUUAAUGUCUGAGAUGGCUACUAAUGCUCUACGUCAGACCGCAAGCAAUGCCUGUGCCAGUGUGGCGCUACUGAAUAUAGUCAAUAACAUCGAAGAGAUCGAGCUGGGGGAGCAUCUUCAGCACUUCAAAGACUUUACGAUGAAAUUUACUCCCGCGCUCCGCGGAGACGCAAUCAGCAAUUUUGAUUUCGUGAAACAAGUUCAUAAUUCGUUUGCAAGGAAAAUGGAUAUUCUGAACUCCGACCUCCAACUCAAACAGGAGACAGCCUCUCCCUCAAGCUCUCGGUAUGAGCGCCUCGUCUUAGACAGACCCGCAUCAGUAAUAACCUGCAUCACAGGGCCAUGUACGCCCGACGACGACUGGCUGGAACUGGUCAGACCCAACAUCAUCACCAGGAUGGCCGAGUACGAGGAAGGUCAAAUUCAGUUUUCUAUCCUGAGUCUGGCCAGGGACCCGCUUCCAGACCUCGUCAAGAAGCUGGCUAUCAAUGUGAGGUCGCUGGAACUUCUCAACCAGCGCAUCGGUUCCGAACGAGAACGAGGUUCAGACUUGGGAUUUGCGGAGCCGCUGCUGGAAAACACACUACUAGGUCCUGAUGCGAGUUACGGCUUGGAACUGGACCAGAUCGAUCAAGCUACUGUAGCCCCAGAGGAGGUCGAGACAUACCAAAAAUGCUCAGUGGAAGAAGCCAUACAAGCCCGGAAACAGCUGGCAUUGGCGCAGGCAUCACUACGCGUGUCGAUCCGGGAGGAACAGCAAUCGCAUCAGGCCGAUGAGGACUAUGCUGCUGGACGGAGGUAUGACUAUGGACCGGCGGUCAGAACGUGGGUGCGAUUCUUGGCGCGCAAGCGGAAAAUUGAGGAACUGAUGUAG